AUGGAUAAAUCAAAUCUAGAGAAUUUAUUAAGAUUCCCAGGAUAUAAUAAAAUUAUUAAUGAUGCGUCAGUAUUAUCAUGUGGUUGUUUAACAUCAGAAUCAAUUUUUUUAAAUGAAAAUUUAGUCAAGUGUCCUAAUUGUCAACAAACAAAUGUUUCAAUUAUAUCUAAUAUUAAACCAUUAAGAGAAUUAUAUCAUAUUUUAAAUGACAAGCGAAGACGAUCUUCUUCAAGAAAAAGUUUUAAAGGUAUUGAAGAAUCAUCAUCUCAUUAUAAUAUAAAUGAAUCUAUGGAUUUAUUAACUUUGUUUCAUAAAUUUGCAAAAGAAGAACAAAUUGAACAAUCAAAAUCAAAUGUACAACCAAUAAAUAUAAUUGAUCAAAAAAAUCAAAAUCAAAAUCAAACUCAAAAUCAAAAUCAAAGAGAAACUUCAAUUACUUCAUCAUUUCCAAGUUCACCAUCUACAAAUUCAGCUUCUGUUUCUCCUCAAAAUUAUAGAAAUUAUGCUACUGAAUCAUUAAAACAUAAUAGUAAUGUUAGAUUUGAAACACUACUAGAAAAUGUUAGUGAAAGAAAAGAAUAUAAUUUUAGUAAAUGUUUCCCAUUUCAUAGAAAAUUAGUUACUUUCCAAACUCAACAAAUGAAAUUAAAUUUAGGUCCUUUAAAAUUAGGUUCAUCAGGUAUAAAAAAAGCUAUAAGUUUAUCAAUACAUACUUAUAUAGAUUUUCAAAAAGGCUUGGAAAUUACUAGGUUUGUAUUAGUUAGUGAAAAAAGAUGGGAAUUAUAUGAAUAUGUAUUACCUUUAAAAGAUACAGAUAUAUCACAAAUAAAACCAAAAUUAAUAUGUAGUGGUAAAUCAUCAGGAGAAUAUGGUGAAUCAAGUACAAAUAUGAAUCAAUUGAAAAUUCCAGGAGAUAAUGAAAUUUUAAAAAGAAAUGAUUUUGGUAAUAAAUCAGAAGAUAAAAAUUCAAUUACUGAAUUAAAAAAAAGAUUAUCUACUUGGGAUCAAAUGUAUUCUCAAUUAACUAAAAAUUUUUUGGUUAUAUCUGGUACAAAGGGAGUAAUGAGAGUUUUUAAUAUUGAUAAUAAUUCAAAAUAUCAAAUGGGUGAACCAUUAUAUACAUAUUUAACUGAUUUUCCAAUAAGAUGUUUAGCAAUAUCACCAAAUGAAAAAUUAAUAGCUUGUGCUAUAACAGCAAGAGAAAAAAUUUCAGAUAAAGAACAACCAUUUAUUGCAUUACAUAAAAUUGAAAUAUUUGAAGAUUUUUCUAUAAAAUCAAUUGAACCAAUAAUGAUUACAAUUCCUUAUCGAGAUCCUAUAAAAAUUUUAAAUUUUAAUGCUACUUCAAAUCAUUUAAUUUGUGGAACUGUUUGGGAAUCAAGAUAUGUUAUUAUAAAAUUACAAAAUUUAGAAAAACCUAAAUUAGUAUAUACAGAUGUUCCUUACAAAAAAGAUGAAACAGUUUCAGAUAGAAGAGCAGAUGAUGAAUUAAUGAUGACAAAUGAAGGUAUAACUGAUUUACAAUUUGGUAAUAUAAAUACAAAUACAAUAUUAGUAACUUCAUGUUAUGUAUAUAAUAGACCUGCAUUAUUGUUUAGAUUAGAUGGAACACAAAUAGAUUCAACAAGAUCAGGUAUUGAUGAUUAUAGUAAUAAAUCUUUUACAAGUAAUGAUAAAGAUGAUGAAAAUUAUUCAAGAAUUAAAACAGUUGAAUUAAUUAUGAAAAUUCCAGAAAUUGGUUCAUCAUUACAUAGAGCAGCAAUAUCUCCAAGAGGUGAUGGUAUAGUAUAUUUAGAUAAAGAUGGUAGAUUAUUUUUAGUUUCUGCAACAAAUUUUAAUUCAAGAUCAAAUUCUUCAAAUAAAAAAACUAUUGUACAACUUGGUGAUGUUUCAAAUUCUGAAAGAUUUACAGAAUCUGCUGCUGUUAAAUUUCUGGCUGAUGGGUCUAAAAUAUUUACAGUUGAUAGAAAGGGAGUUUUUCAAAUAUUUGAUUUUACAAAAGGUAUACCUGGUGAAGAUUUAGACGUUGUUAAAUGUAAAAUCAUAAGUUUAUAG